AUGGCCGCCGUUACGGACGAUCGGCUGCGCACCGAGAUUGAGGGCAUCUUCAACAGUGCCAAGGACUUCCGGACGCUGUCGGUGGGCCAGAUUUGUGGGGCAUUGAGCGAGCCGGACAGCCUGGGCGCGGCGGCGGUGGAGGCCAACAAAUCGCGGAUACGCCAACUGGUGCUCGACGUCGGCAAGCAACAGGCCAAGACACUGAACAGGAACAAGGGCGAGGGAGAGGCGACGGCGAAGAGGAAGAAGGAGAGCGGCGGCGGCAAGUACGACCACCCGUUCUUCGCGUCGUCGUCGGGCGACAGCCAACACCACGACGAGGACGAAGGCGGACAGAUGGAGCACGAGGGCAGCGGCGGAGGAGGAGAAGAAGAAGAAGAAGAAGAAGAAGGCAAUGCCGCCAAGAAAGCUGAUGACGGCGAAGAAGAAGAAGAAGAGAUGGAAGCGAAGGCCCAGAAGGGAGGGAGGAGAAGAAAGAAGAGAGGGAAGGAGGAAGACAAAGAGGAGGAGGGCUCGCCCCGCGGCACCAAGGCAGCCGCUGCCAAGAAAAAGAACGAAGCCGGUGAUGAUGACGAUGACGAUGACAAGAGCGAAGACGAAGAGGAGGAAGAAGAGGAAGAGGAAGAGGAAGAAGAGGAGGAAGAGUCCGAGUUCGAAGUGGAUGAAGAAGAGGCGGAGGAAGAGCGGAAGCCCAAGCGAAGAAGGCUUCGACUCGACGAGAACGGUGAGGAGUUGGAUGAACGAAGGAGGAAGAGAAGAACGACGACCACAAAGAAGAAAAAGAAGAAGACCAAAGCGAAGGCCGCCACCAAACAGCUGCGAAGAGGGCGAGCAAGGAGGGCGAAGGCGACUUCUACAGCGACUCGGAGCUCAAGGAGCUCGGGCGAGAUCGACGACGACGACGAGCGGGCGACUACCACCAGCAGCAAGCCGGCCGAAAAAAGAAAGAAGACGGCAGCGACAAAGAAAGCGAAAACGAAGAAGAAAGCGACGAGGAGCUCAAGCGAGGAGGGGGAAGAGAAGGAGGAGGAGGAAGAGGAGGAAAAGAAGAGUCCGGUGACGAAGGCGAAGACGCGCCUGGAUCGGAUCAAGAAGACGAUCAGGGAUUGCGGUCUUAGGAUUCCUCCGCGUGCGUACAGCAAGGACGAGAGUGAGACGCUGGCCAAUCUGCGUGCGCUCCUCCGCAAGCACGGGCUGAAAGAGCGCAUGAGCAGGGAGGAGAAGCAGCAGUUCAAGGUGAAGCACGAGUGGCGCCAGGCCGUGCAGGAGCUGGACACCAACCUCAUCAUCAACUCCCAGAGCAGGCCGGUGAAGUACACUUUCUCCGACGCGGAGGAGGAAGAGGAUGAAGAGGAGGAGCGUUCGGGAAGUGGUGAAGAAGAGGAGGACAAGAAGAAGAAGAAGACGCGCAGCACCAGCCGCAAAGGGAAGCCGAACAAACGGAGGCGGGAGGACACCAGCGGUGAAGAAGAUGAAGAAGAAGAUCUGGGCAGCGGCGGGGAAGAGCCAAAGAAAAAGAAGGCGAAGAAGAAGAUGAAGGAGGCCGAAGAAGACGAUGAUGAAGUAGAGGAAGAGGAUGAAGAACCGCAGGGGAAGAAGAGGGGGGGAGGAACCAAGAGAGGCGAGCAGCUGAAGGAGAAGAAGAAGCAAACGACGCGGAAACGCAAGAGAAGGGGCGGAGACGACGACGAGGAAGAGAGCUCUGACUUUGAGCCCGCAGAAGAGGACGACUAG